GGCGUUGACCAGAGCCCCACUCGCCCGAACCAAUUCCCAAAGCCAAAGGGUGCAGAGCCCCAUUCUGCUCCAGCGGUCCAGCCCCACCGUGUCCGCCACGCCCAUCCCCAAGUCCCAAGUCCAAGCGGAGCAGAGCCCGCCGUACCAAUCGCCUCCCCAGAUCGGCGACCCACCCGGAGGCGGAGGAGGAGGCGGCGAUGGCGUCGUCGCAGGCGAACCUCGACAAGAUGCAGCUCCGCCAGAGCUACCGCAACGUCUGGCACACCGACAUGACCAACGCCAUCCAGGCCGACUUCCCCUACUGCUGCCUCGCGCUGUGGUGUGGACCUUGUGUGUCGUACAUGCUUCGCAAAAGGGCUCUUUACAAUGACAUGUCAAGAUAUGUCUGUUGUGCUGGCUACAUGCCAUGCAGUGGAAAGUGUGGCGAGAGCCGGUGCCCAGAGUUCUGUCUUGCAACUGAGGUGUGCCUUUGCUUUGGCAAUUCAGUUGCAUCAACCCGCUUCUUGCUGCAAGAUGAAUUCAACAUACAAACAACUCAGUGCGACAACUGCAUCAUUGGCUUCAUGUUCUGCCUUCAACAAGUUGCUUGCAUCUUCUCUAUAGUUGCAGCUAUUGUUGGCAGCGAGGAGCUUUCAGAGGCUUCCCAGAUCCUUAACUGUCUGUCUGAUUUGGUCUAUUGGACGGUUUGUGCCUGUAUGCAGACGCAGCACAAAGUCGAAAUGGACAAAAGGGAUGGAAAGUUCGGCCCACCACAGCCCAUGGCAGUGCCCCCAGUGCAACAAAUGUCACGCAUUGAUCAGCCUAUGCCGCCUCCUGCUGGAUAUGCACCACAACCAGCAUAUGGGCAGCCUUAUGGUGGCUAUCCACCUCCUGCUGGUCAAGGUUAUCCGCCAGCUGGAUACCCCCAGGGCGGUGGAUACCCUCCUGCUCAAGGCUACCCACAGGGUGGUGGAUACCCUCCACCUGCUCAAGGUUACCCCCAGGGUGGUGCAUAUCCUCCGCCUGGUUCUUACCCUCCACAAGGUUCGUACCCCCCAGCACAGGGCUCCUACCCUCCAGCACAGGGCUCCUACCCUCCAGCACAAAGCUACCCUGGCAAGUAAAGAGCACACGACAGGAGAGAUACCUUUGCUAGGCAACCAAAUAUCGUGAACAUGUAAACAGUAGGACUGCUGUAGAGCUAUAGGUUAUUUUGACAAAUUCUUGCUACUGCUCAGGGUGGUAUUCGGUGAACAAUGUUUCUAUUUUCUACGGUCAACUCAUCAACGGCUUGUGUUGAUCAUAUCGUGUUGAGUUUAUCAUUCUUCGAAUAAGGAAUGGCAGUGAAUUGGAAAUUUCAUCUGUAUUUGAAUUUGGUGACAACGGACGUGGAGAUUGUUGCUUGUCUGUUUUCGAUAAAUAAUUGGAGCUUGUCUGAGUCAUGUUAAACAUGAAAGAGUGUUGUUGUGAGUUCA